UUAAACCCCACCGCCCGGUGGCCGCACCGCCCCUCUUCUCCCCCUUCGCUCCAACCGCAGCACGUCCAUUUCACGUGCCCUCCCGCUCCUCCCUUCCUUCCCCUUCCUCCACGCCACCUCCCGCCGACCAGCCACCGAGCGCCCACCCACCCACCCACCCGAUGGCGGCGACGAAGGGGCUGGUGCCCAUCACGCGGGCCUACCUCGCGAGCUACUACGACAAGUACCCGCUGCCCUCGCUCCCCGACGCCGCCGUCGACCUGGCGUCCCGCCUCCGCGCCCUCUCCGCCGACCUCACCACUGCCGCCGCUGUCCCCAUCACCCCAGAUGAGGAACUCUUGGAACAAGAAGCGGCUGGCAUUCCUGCCCAUAAAAUUGAUGAGAAUUUGUGGAAGAACAGAGAACAAAUGGAAGAAAUUCUGUUUUUGCUCAAUAAAUCACAUUGUCCUGUUGCACUUCAACAGAAGUCCACCCCAGAAGACGCUGAGAUAGUCUCUAUACUUGAUGAUAUUGAAACUAAAUUGAAGGACAUGUUGAAGAAGUUAGAACAAUUUCAGUUGAAAAAUGCUGACAAUGUUUUUAAUACAGUUAUGACAUACAUGCCCCAAGAUUUUCGGGGUACUCUAAUCAGGCAACAGCGAGAACGCUCAGAGAGAAAUAAGCAAGCGGAGGUAGAUGCUUUAGUUAGUGCUGGAGGAAGCAUUCGUGAUCGAUAUACAUUGCUAUGGAAACAGCAAAUGGAAAGGCGGGUGCAAUUAGCUCAGCUUGGUUCCGCAACAGGUGUAUAUAAGACUCUUGUUCGAUAUUUGGUUGGUGUUCCACAGGUUUUAUUGGACUUUAUUCAACAAAUAAAUGAUGACAAUGGGCCUAUGGAAGAGCAAAGAGAACGUUAUGGCCCAACACUGUACACCCUUACAAAACUGGUGCUGGCAAUUCGGUUGUAUCUGCAUGUCUCUUUGGCACGAUAUGGACAAAGGAAAUUAGAGAACGAUGGCGUUGCUGUGUUGCAGCAAGCUGUGGUUAUCUACACCGAGGAAUUUGAGAAGUUCACUAAAUUCAUAGGUGAGGUCUUUGUGAAUGCACCAUUCUUUAUAUCUGCUGAGGAUGCAGGUGCUGCGGAUGCAAGGAAAAGUGAUGAAUACAAAGAAACCAUUAUUCCAGCUGGGAAGACACAUGAGGUUAUUUUGAGUGUUGAAGCUGUAAACUCAUACAUUGCAUGGGACUUCUCCUUACAACAAGGGGCCCUCAACAUGAUGCUGGACAUUGGCUUUCAUGUGGAGUACAUUAGCCCUUCAGGGGAGAAAACUUUAAUUCUUCCCUACCGAAGGUAUGAAGCUGACCAAGGUAAUUUUUGCACUGUUUUAGCGGGAUCAUACAGACUUGUAUGGGAUAACUCAUAUUCGUCAUUCUUCAAAAAGAGCCUCCGGUACAAGGUGGAUGCCGUGCCACCAGUUGUCGAGCCGGCCAUGCCCGCCGUGGAGCCUUGAUGAGGCCUGUAUUAAUAUAACACGAGGGUCGAUGCCUGCGAUGGAGUUGCCGUCCAGAUGCAUUAGAUGCCCCACACGGAGUUGUAACCAAUUCUUGUAUCGACUGUGAUACAAUGUUCUAAUCUCAGGGUUCCACCUAUACAUACAGAUAGCUCAUUGUCUGUGAGCGCAAGAUAUGUACUUUGUUGUCUGUGAGCGCAAGAUAUGUACUUUGUGUGCACAUGGUUACGUCCACUUGCUAAUGAUGAAUGCCUACUUCUAUACAAGAAAAUUGUACUA